GUGGUAGCAUUCAAUUCCACUCGAUCAAGAGUCAGACAACAAACAAUUCUACAUCAUGGCAAAAUACUUCAGCCUUUCCCUUCUUCUGGCGAUGGCCAUGUUCCUCGUUAUUGCAUCAGCCACCGCAACCGCUGAUCCCGUGGUAGACCAUGUGCGUCAACCCCGCGUCAUCUGCGAUCUCCUGGGGUUGGGAGAUGGAGGAUGUGCUGCCCGCUGUAUCGUCCAGGGAAAAAGGGGUGGAUGGUGUGAAAAAGGAGUUUGCAACUGCCGAAACUGAUAAUAAUCCAACAAAAAACAAUAUAAAUAAAACUGACAGUAAAGGCGCCAAAUAAAAUACCCGAGAUCUAAAACCAAUAAAAUUUCAAUUUCACAACA